CAUCACAUUUCCACCUUGAUUCCUGGAAAACUGAACACCAACGACAAACACCAUGUUCUGGAUUCUGGUGACAGUCCUCAUUCUAGGGACCGAAGGCUACUUGCCCAUCAAUUACAAAUGUGGCGUGCAGCCCAAAUCCAGAGAUGAGUGUGGAUUUUCGGGGAUUACCGCUGAUGAGUGUGAAAAGAGAGGCUGCUGCUUUGACGACAGCGUUUAUGACAGUAUCUGGUGUUUUACACCUUGGAGAUUUGAAUCAACAGAAUGUAACCCUGCCAAUCCCCCUGCCAGAGUGAAUUGUGGGUAUCCAGGAAUCUCUGCACACAACUGCACAGAUAAGGGAUGUUGCUUUGAUUCCAGCAUACCUGAUGUUGUGUGGUGUUAUCAGCCAGCUAUACAAGCAGUGGAACAUGACUGUUCUGCUGUACAUCCCCACGAUAGAGUGAACUGUGGACCUCCUGGAGUGACCCCAACAGAGUGUGAAGAGAAUGAGUGCUGCUUUGAUUCCACUGUCUCAGGUGUUCCAUGGUGUUUCAAACCCGAGAUCAAAACAGAAACAAUACACUGUGCAGUGGAAGCAAAAUCUAGAGUGAAUUGUGGUCAUUCAGGAAUUGACAUGGACCAAUGCUACAACAAAGGAUGCUGUUAUGACUCUUCCGAUCCAGACGCCGCAUGGUGUUUCUAUCCAGAUAUAACAGAUGUUGUCAUCAUCUCCUAAGAACAUUGCCAAGAAGUCAUCAUUUAUUUAAUCAUUUCAUAGCUGCUUGCCAUCCAUAGAACUUUAACCUUAUUUUGUAGCACAGUCUGAAUUCAACUGAUUACCAGGACAUUUAGGCAUGUUGUAUCUCUUGUAGACAGCUGUCACUAUGAAACAAAUUACAUCAAUAAUAAAACUGCAUC